AUGAAGCAACGCUUCUAUAUGUUACUUGAUAAUCAUAUCUUAAAUUUAAAUCGAAAAUUUCGAAAUAAAUUUUCUGUAAGACAAUCAUUGUAUGAUGAUAUAGUAUUAGUUCUUCGAGACGGUUGGGGAGAUUCUCAAUUUAAAUUUUGGGUUCGUAAAAAUUUUAAAUUAAUUUGGAAUGGUAACGAGAAUAUUCUGUAUGAAAUUGAAUCGAAUCUUCCAAUUGUCAUAUACGAAAAUUUAUAUGAAAAAAUCAAAGAAUGUCACGAGAAGGUUGGUCAUCGUGGCCGAGACAAAACAUGGAUUGAAGUGAAGAAGCAAUACGCAUGGAUUCCAAUGGAUAGUGUCAAAAUCUUUGUUUCGCAAUGUGAUAUAUGUUUGAAGAGAAAAGCAGAAACAUUUUCACAUCCGUUAGCUGAAAAACUGACUAACUCUUAUGAAUAUUUAAAUCGUCUUAAAAUGAAUGUUCUUGAUAUGCAAAACAUGUCAGAUGGAGAAUACAAAUGGAUCCUUUACAUGAGAGAUCGAUUUACAAAAUGUUCUUGGGCUUAUCCAUUAAAAUCUAACGAAAUGGAACCAAUUACCGAAAAACUUCUACAGCAGUACUAUUUUUUUGCAAUAUCACAAGCUUUGCAAAGUGUUCAUAGAAGAGAAUUCGCUGCUCAAGUAAUAGAGAAUUUUGAAAAGACAUGGACCAAUCUCAAAAUUAUCAAUGGCCGAAUUAUGCAUUCAUGUACCCAUAAUUUUACAGAAGAUGAUAGUAAUGAACCAUUUAAAUCAAUUCUUUAUGAAUGGAUGCUAUCGAAUAAUCGAAAAGAUUGGUCAAAUUGUUUGCUUUCAGUAAUUCAUUCAAUGAAAAACGGAGCAGCUAAUCUGGCCAACAAUAAAACUCCAACUGAAAUUGUAUUCCAUCAAAACACAAACUACAAUGUAGAAACAUGUCAGAUUUUAUCAAAUCAUGUUUGCUUGGAUGAAGAGAAUUGUCCAUACAAUUUUAUUGAUGAGUUGAAAAAAUCCACACAUCUAUUGAAUUUUGUUCAAAAUACGAAUUCUUCCAAUGGUAGUUUAUCAUCAAGCCCGUCAAAUCAUGCGCUUCAAGAAAUAUCAAAGUCAUCCAUUUCAAUACCACCAUCAAGACUAAAAUCUUAUGCUUCUUCUAAUAUAUCUAGUAGUACGAAAAAAAGACGACGACUCACAUCAGCUUCCAAUCAACAGAUUAAAGUGUUCGAUGAAGACAAACCAUCUAAUAAUAAUAAUAAUAAUAAAAACACUAAUUUAAUCAAUAAUCAUCAACAAAUACAAUCGAAAACUAACGAAAUCGUCUAUAUGACAAAUAUGACUCAAGGGCAAAAGUUAUUUAAUAAUACAUCAUAUAAAUAUGAAUAUAAAGUUGGUGACUUAGUUGGUGUAAUCAUUGGCAAAAUCGAAACAGUCAACGUUGAACUCAAAGUAUUAGCAUGUAAAAUAUUAUCCAUUGAGUUGGUAGCAGAAGAUACAUAUGCCUAUCAAUUAUAUACAAAAGCAUGUAUAAUUUCUUCAAAAUUUCAAGCAUCCGAUCUAUUGAAUUUAUGUAAUUGUGAUUUUUCUGAUCUGAUUACUGUCGAUCCAACUAAUCUACCAAAGCUGACAUUUAAUGAAGCCUGCAAAAUUUUAUCUUGA